GUGUUGUCGUUGAGGGGAUGUCAUCGUCUGACGGAUUACGGGGCUACGAGGGCUCUAUCCAAUCGGACUGUGCCAGAACUGGACCAUAUUGACUUGUUCAACUGUUCCCAGCUCACCGAUAGUUUUCUUGUUCACCUGGUCAAGAGUUUCCCCGCCAUCUCCUUCCUGGGACUCAGCAAUUGUCAGUCGAUAGGUGCAAGAGGCCUUGCGGCUAUUGGUACUUUGACUUCAUUGGAAUAUCUAGAUAUUGCUUUGAUGUCGAAUUUGGAUGAUAAGGGGCUGUGGGAGUUAGCUGGCGGCUGCAUCAAUUUGAAAGUAUUGGAUGUCUCUGGAUGUCGGAGGAUCACGGAUAACGGGCUUUCUAUGUUAUUAUUGAUUAAGGCGAGGUUACGUUGUCUGCGCCUCGUCACUGUAGCAACAGCUGAAGGUCUUACAUUGGUUCAUAUGCGAUUCUUCCAGGGGUGCCCGUCUCUGCAGAAAUUGCGCGCGGUGAAGAGUAAGAUCACCGAUGCCGUGAGAGACGAGUUCCCAGGCGUCGAGUUCGAGCUAUCGAAAUAG